AUGCGCCCUACUUCAGCCCCCAGGCCUCCGGCCUCUGCUCGGUGCCCGGCCAGAGAGGCGAGGGAGGCGGCGCCCGGGAGGUUCGGGCUGCAGGGACCGGUCCGCUCCGGCCGGGGCCUGCGGGGCCUCCGGGGCCGCGGUCUGCAGAGGCACAUUCCUGGUGCAGGUGGCACAGCUUUUGUCGCCGGCGGCUGCCGAGUCACGGGAGACACUAAUCUCGGGUGUGGACCUCCCAGCCGGAGGCCCCCGCGCCGAGGCGGUGGCUGGCAAAGGGGAGUGGAAAGGGAGGAUGGAUGGGGCCGCGGGUGGGGUGGGGAUGCGGGGGAUGGAGGGGGGUGUCAUUUCUUUUUCUUUCUUUUUUUAAAAAAAGUAUUUCUCUCGCGAGAAACCGCUGCGCGGACGAUACUUGAAGAGGUGGGAAAGGAGGGGGCCGCGGGAGCCUCGGCAGAGACUGCGGGUGCAGCCGGCGGACGCGCGGCCACGGCUGGGACGACUGCGGGCGCCGCGGAGAGGAGCAGCAGCGGCCGCUGCCAGGGCCCAGGAGCAGCCUCCGCCGCCCACCCGGAGCCGAGCCGCCGCUUCUCCACUGGCAGGGGCCGCCCGAAGUGGGAGCAGCGCCUGGAGAAGGCGGGAGCAGCCCGGCCCGAGACGGGGCGGCGGGAGAGCGGGACCCCGGCGGCGCGGGGCGCGUGAGGGCGCAGCGGCGGCCGCAGAGCGAGC